UAACCAAUCAAUUCAUCAAAGCAACAAGAACUUUUAUUGAGCUCUCUCCACGCCACACUUGAUCAUAUAUCUUUGAUACAUACUAAUUUGGAGAGAGAGCUCCAAAUGGCUUCUAAACAAAUGCUUGUUGUUUUGGCCAUUGUCGCCACCAUUCUCCCUGUGAUUACCACUGCGACGGUGUUUACCGUCGGAGAUGAAGUUGGAUGGAGUCUGAAGGGAAACUACACUGCUUGGGCUAUGGGGAAAGAAUUCAAAAUUGGUGACUCUCUUGUUUUCAACUAUACUAAAAAUAAGCACAACGUACUAAAGAUCAGUGGAGACGGGUUCAAAGCAUGUGAUCCAAGCAAAGCUGCGGAAACCUUAAACACCGGCAUGGAUGUGAUAACACUUGCAAAGCCAGGAAAGAAGUGGUAUAUUUGUGGGUUUUCAGAUCACUGCAGUAAAGGGAUGAAGCUUGUUAUCAAUGUUGGUGGAGAUUUGUUGGCUCCUACCUCCCCUCCUACUGCACCAGCUCCUGCUUCAUUUGCACACAUGGAGGCAUUGUCCUUUUCUUCAAAGCUAGUCAUGGUGGCGUUGUCUCUAGGGAUGGUGUUCAUCCUGUUCUGAGAGGGAAAUGAUGAUUGAUUUCUCUAAAUAACUUGAGCUUCAUUUGGAGGUUUCAUUCUUAUGUUUGUUUGAUAAUAAGCACUUGCUCUUUGAGUGAGAUGCAGAUAAUUGAAUGAGUUAAUUGUGUUUGAGUUUGUUUGUUUGUCGGUGAAUAUAUAUGAAUGGAUUUCUUGA